AUGACGUUUUCCAUCGGAUUUUUGCUUUUAUAUCUUCUUUGUCUAGUUGUCAAUCCGAUUGAAAGUCGUGCAUUCGGUCAACGAGUAGAAUAUCAAUACGAAUUUGAUCCGAAAAGAGACAUCCAUCCAAGAGUUCAUGUGAAAUUUGAUGACGUCACUGAUGAAACCGAGCUAAUGAGAAUUUUCAAUCAUCGCAAGUCAUCAGAAGUUCGCAAAUCGCCAUCACGAUAUGAGUACUCCCCUCCAACUUCUCCUUUCUUCGAAGACAACGAUCGUUUUAUGGUGCCUUACGAGGAAAUGGAUCGGGGAAAUCGAGAUGCUGGAUGGCGGAACGUUCCAUUUACAGAGAAUCAGGAAUGGCAUCGGGAAUUCUUGAAUCUUCCCAUUCAUAAGUUUGUUCAACCUGAAUCGCAAGAUGACCUCGCUGAACAAAUGGCGUCGUUCCUUCGUCGUCAAUCCGAGUCCAUUCUCUCCAGACAUUUCCCAUCGAUUCCACGUCAUCGGUUCACCGAUCCGCCAGAGUUUAUGAAUACUCCUAUGCCUAAAUUCGCUUUCUAA